AUGUCCUCCUCCAACGGCGACUCAGUGCAGUCCUCCUCCAAUGGAGACUCAGUGCAGUCCUCCUCCAAUGGAGACUCAGUGCAGUCCUCCUCCAAUGGAGACUCAGUGCAGUCCUCCUCCAAUGGAGACUCAGUGCAGUCCUCCUCCAAUGGAGACUCAGUACAGUCCUCCUCCAAUGGAGACUCAGUGCAGUCCUCCUCCAAUGGAGACUCAGUACAGUCCUCCUCCAAUGGAGACUCAGUGCAGUCCUCCUCCAAUGGAGACUCAGUACAGUCCUCCUCCAAUGGAGACUCAGUGCAGUCCUCCUCCAAUGGAGACUCAGUGCAGUCCUCCUCCAAUGGAGACUCAGUGCAGUCCUCCUCCAAUGGAGACUCAGUGCAGUCCUCCUCCAAUGGAGACUCAGUGCAGUCCUCCUCCAAUGGAGACUCAGUACAGUCCUCCUCCAAUGGAGACUCAGUACAGUCCUCCUCCAAUGGAGACUCAGUACAGUCCUUCUCCAAUGGAGACUCAGCACAGUCCUCCUCCAAUGGAGACUCAGUACAGUCCUCCUCCAAUGGAGACUCAGUGCAGUCCUCCUCCAAUGGAGACUCAGUACAGUCCUCCUCCAAUGGAGACUCAGUGCAGUCCUCCUCCAAUGGAGACUCAGUGCAGUCCUCCUCCAAUGGAGACUCAGUACAGUCCUCCUCCAAUGGAGACUCAGUGCAGUCCUCCUCCAAUGGAGACUCAGUGCAGUCCCGGUCUAAACAUAGAUGGAUCUAA